AACCUGGCAGGCUGUCACUACGGUUUCACCUCUGAGCUGGACUGUGAGCCCAUGACCGUGGAUCGGAAGCACUGGCAGAUAGACAAGAGUGCUGCGGCGGCGUCUGUGGUCUUACGCUCAAGUUCUGGUUGUACGUACGGUGUUGAAUUUUCCACCAAGUACGACAGCGACCUAUCCUACACUGCAACAAGUGGGGGAACUCCAUGGUCUACUCUCUCGUCAUUCAUCAUCGGUAAUCACGCCACAAACACCCCCACCGCUGCUGUCCAUACUGGCAGUUCCGUGAAUAGCUCUGAUUGCCCCGCCAACACCGAGCUUCUCUUCGCCAUGAAUAAUCCCAUUCUACAAGACACUAUCGGCUAUGGCUAUUCCGAAAACAAGCACUGGCAAACAGCAGGGACUCUUUGUCGCUACUAUCAAGGCGAUGUCCCGGUUAAUGCAGACCUCACUCAAGCGAGUUCUCUGCUUUCCUUUGACGAAGCGGACUACACGGGUAACCGCCGUGCCAUCAACACCAGCUUUUUCGACACUGCGACUUUUCAAAAUCUGUUUCUCAGCAGGAACUGGUCAUACCACUUCAUAAAUCCCAAUGCAAGUUCACCUGUAAACGGAGGGCCCAUGGCAUUGCUUGCCGCUCGUUACAACAACUUGGUCGAUGCUAUGUUGAGUGACCCUCAAUUAGUAGCCCAGGCCUCUCGUCUGAAGCAGAAUUUCCUCGGCGAGGUCAUGCAGGACGCACUUUCGGCUGUCAUGCAGAUCGAAGGUGUGGAUGGUACUGUGUUAACAACGAGACGCCGUAUAAUCGCAGUACCGGUUACCGCAUUCACCCUUGGCGGCACGCUGGGGCUCCAGCUUCUCUUGAUUGGUGUUUUGGCAACUCGAAUCUCUCAGAGAGCUCUCGAACUUCGACACGACCUAGCCCUGGUCAUUACCACUGCCGCCCCGGUGACAGAAGAUAGUAGCGACGUGCGUGUGUCUCUCGAGCAGGUUGAUACUCGAACUAAAACGCCAGAUACUACUUCCAAUGGAGGUGACAAGUAUAAGCUGCAAUCAGGCUCACUUCGGUUGAUCCAGGCUCCAGCGAACCAGUCCCGUUUUGGGCCAGCUUUAGCCAAUGGAACGAAAUGGCGUCCAUCAUCACUAAAGAUUCCUGCCUUACUUGCCUUCACCACAGUCUUGAUUAUUGUUCUGGUGGCUAUGACAAUCCUUUACUCGUUCUCUCAACGAGACCAGUUAUAUCAAACUUUUUUGGUCUACCAAGCAAGUUUGAGGGUAGGCUCGGAUCAUUUCGGCCAAAUAAGUGCUAUUACCAUCAUCACCACAUUCAUCGGCGUGCUGAUUUCGCUCUGGUGGGGAAUGACGAUCUCUUUGUCUGCGCUCUGGCAACGAGACUACGGAAGUGUCGACCGACAUGUCCAAGUCGCUAGACCGCUGGUCCUUCGCCAGGUCCCAUUUGUUUCUCAAGGCGAGAUAGAACCAACAACAGGUGGCCAAAACUACCAAGGCACUGUUCUCCAGAGCCUUUAUUCGAAUCUUGAGACUAACUGGCUCUAUGGCGCUGCCAUUGAGUUAUCGCUGGAGGGAGCCUCGCCGGCGUGGAGCUCGGAUGGCUGGAGUUUUGCGCCGCUCAAUCUGGUAGAUUUGCCUGAUGACACUUUCCAAGACAUUGGUUCCUUAUCAUCUGCUCUCGAACAGGCGGUCAAUCCUAACACAGGCACCAACGUUACUGUUUCAACCCAAGCAAUACGCGGGAGACUCGAAUGUUCCCCAUAUGAAACGGUCAGCAAUACCAGUACAUGGCUGAGUAUUCAAGACCCCACGAAUAGCAGUGUCUGGAGCCUUUCGUCCAAUCCAAGCAAUAUAGAGGUGGGCUAUGAGCUGGGAGCUUUUCUUGACUACACCGAAUACAUAGAGUCCUGGCCAGGCGAUGCUGGGGAUUUCCGCAUCCUACCUGACUUCUACACCAGCUUCUUCGUCAACCCAUCUCAUGUACAAUGUUGCGUCAAUACCUCGUCAACGGAUCCUGGACCCGCUUCCAUUGGAUUUUGGUCUGCUAAUCUGGGGCUUGGAAAGCUGAGUCUUUGGUCGUCCACAAAUCCUUACAACUUCACUGUGAAAUGGAUUCAUGGCUCGCAGUUACAACAGUAUAAGAGUAACAGCAGCAAUGGCUUGUCCCAUAUGAUCUGGUCCGAACCGUCUCAAAUGGCUGCAUUAAACUGUGCGCCUAUCAUUGAGAUUGCCAACUCUUCCGUGACAGUCGACUCUUCUAGCGAGAGAGUGUAUACUUACGCCAUCCUAGAUGAUCCCCAGCUUGAUCUACACGCAUGGUCAGAUGCCUUAAAAACGUGGUCGAACAAUAUCACGAACUCCGAGGAUUUCUUGCUGAUUAAUAUUACAACAAGGCAAGUUGGCCUGUGUGCUUUCGCUGCACAAGCUUUACUGACCGGCUUUCACAGCUACGGCAUCCUUUUUCUAGAUGCCCUGCUUACGGCAGCUGACCUUGGCAACAUCUAUGGACCCGACGAGAACACUGGCUACGACGAUUACACCCGCGAAAACACUAAUAGCACCACUUUCAACAUCCGCUCUCCAGGUUUAAAUGUGGACUACAUGACUUACGCCAUGCUGUCCAUGGUGGAUUAUAAUCAGACCGCAAUGUUGGAUCACGAUACGUUGGGUCAGCUUGCGAACCGAACUUUUUCGACUUUCUUCCAACAUUACGCGAGUAGUAAUGUCACGGAUGAUACAGGCGGCUGGACGUGGCAAAAGGUGAAUUCGACUUUACCAGCUGGCCUGGGAAAGCCAGGGAAUUACGGGAAGACGCAAAAGUACGUAGGCAAUGUGGCCAACCUCAGCAUAUCCAAAUCGGUUGUGCUUCUGAAGUCUUCAAAGACCGCGUUCUGGAAAUCAGCGGUCAUCAUAUUUUGGCUCAUUGCAACAGCUGCAGUGACUGCCCUUGUCUCAAAGGCAUAUAUUGGUUGGUUCGAAAGGAAAAUUGAGACGGUUGCGGACGUGCUUGCACUCUUAGUCGCGAGUGAAGACUUGCUCGAGCUGAUUAGGAACAAGGGUCAAGACAAAAUUAAUGAAGGACUGGACAGUCCGAACUCGUCUAGGAUGGACGAACUCGACACUCCAGAAGAGGAAGCUGGCGACGAGACAACUGGACAUGAAGGAGUGGCCGGCCCGUUGAUCUCGGGCCGUGAGGAACAUUCACCCUCUUUGCGAUUCACGCCCUCAAUCGUUUCAGAUCACGGGCGAAACAGUGACCAUGAGACCGUUGCGCUUAGUGAAGCAGAAGAGCAGGAUCACUUCGGCACCAACCAAUCGUCAGAUCCUCGCCGCUCAGAAGUCUCGCACGCCGAAUAUCAGUUGCAACCUCUGGAGAUGAGGCAUCAGCCCGAUAGGCAUGGCCCGGGGACUGAUCCCGUUGCGAAGUGUCUGAUGAAAAGCACCGACGAUGAAAUGCCGUGA